UUCAACCUUUGACCUAUCGUUCACAACACCUCAAUCUUAACUUAAUCACUAGGCUAAGACGUCUUUGGUAUAGCAAAAGUUUUAUUUAUUGUGUAUUUUUGUUAUUUGUAGGAUGGUAUGGGGAGAAUGAGGAAAAAAGGAGGAUAAUAAAGGUACAAUGUUUCUCCAUAGCAGAAAGUGUUAAUUUCUACAUGAGAACAAUAGAAGGCUUGACAGUAAUUGUUGAUUUAGAUACAAAUCAAGGGGUGGAAGUCUCCGAUAUUGGAAGGCACAUCCCUAUUCCCAAAGACACUAACACAGACUAUCGUUUCUCAGCCCAAAACAACACUCAUACAAAAACCAACCCAAUUAACCCAAUAUUCAUGGAGCAGCCCAAAGGUCCAAGCUUCACUGUAAAAAAUGACCAUUUAAUCAAAUGGGUAAAUUGGGAAUUUCACAUCAAACACGAUCCUAGAGCUGGUAUGAUCAUAUCUAGAGCCAUGUUUGAAGAUCCGGAUAGUGGAGAAUUUCGAAGUGUGAUGUAUAAAGGGAUGGUUUCUGAGAUAUUUGUACCAUAUAUGGAUCCGACUGAAGCAUGGUAUUAUAAGACGUAUUUGGAUGCGGGUGAUUAUGGGCUCGACUUAUGGACAAGAGCACUUGACCCGGUUAAUGAUUGUCCUAGAAAUGCAUAUUAUAUGGAUGGGGUGCUUGUUACAAGUGAUGGAACACCAUUUAUUCAAUCUAAUGUCAUUUGUGUGUUUGAGAGAUAUGCAAAUGAUAUUGCCUGGCGUCAUACUGAAAGCUCUGUUGUUGGAGAAGAGGUUCGUGAAGUGAGACCGAAGGUUACUCUCGUAGCUAGAAUGAUAACUUCGAUAGGUAACUAUGAUUACAUCUUGGAUUGGAUAUUUCAAAAUGACGGAUUAAUUAGGAUUGAGGUUGGAUUAAGUGGUAUUGCAGUUGUAAAGGGUACAACAUACAAGAAUAUGGAGGAAGUGCCUGAAGAAGAAGAUCUUUAUGGCACUUUAGUAUCUGAAAAUAGUAUUGGAGUCAUACAUGAUCACUAUAUUGCUUUUUAUUUAGACAUGGAUGUGGAUAGUCCGAAUAAUUCAUUUGUAAAGGUGGAUAUCCGAAAACAAGAAACUUCACCAGGGGAAUCACCAAGAAGAAGCUACCUAAAAACUACGAGAAAUGUUGCUAAAACUGAGAAAGAUGCACAAAUCAAACUUAACAUGUAUCAGCCAUCAGAAUAUCAUGUAAUCAACCCGAGUAAGAAGACACGGGUUGGAAAUCCGGUUGGUUAUAGACUAGUACCCGGUUCUAAUGCCGCGAGCUUGCUGGAUUCGGAGGAUCCGCCUCAGAGGAGAGCAGCAUUUACCAAUAACCAAAUAUGGGUCACACCAUAUAAUCAAAGCGAAGUGUGGGCUGGUGGGUUAUUUGUUUGGCAAAGCCAUGGUGAUGACACUCUUGCAACAUGGUCUAAUAGGGACAGAUCUAUAGAGAACAAGGAUAUUGUUCUUUGGUACGUAUUAGGUUUCCAUCACAUACCAUGUCAAGAAGAUUUCCCCAUCAUGCCAACGGUAACUUCAGGUUUUGAUUUGAAACCUGUUAACUUUUUCAACAGAAAUCCAAUACUUGGGAUUCCACCACAUUUUGAGAAUGAUCUCCCUGUUUGUCAAGCUACUGGUCAUGCUUAAAUAUGCAUUUCAAGCUGAAAAAUCCAAAAAAGAGAGACUAUAUAUGUAUGAUUGGAAUUGUGAAUGUGAGUUUGUAAUCUACCACAGGUAAAUUUCUUUAAUAAAGUGGAGAUUAUUAUGGAGUAAUUUAACGUAGCUUUUAUAAUAAUUUAUGCCAUGUGAUCCACAUGUUACGUAUCAACGGUAGUUAUUAAGAUUUCUUACUUUUUAUUUUAUUUCUA